AUGAGUGCCUAUGUGUACAUAUUCAGAAUGAGCGCCGGUGUCAAGCAUAUUGGAGUUAAGCCGGAUCGUGAAAUUCUCAGCCACACCCGCAGUGUGAAUAUGGAUGUGCUCACCGAGCAGGUAAGGAGAGGGGUUUGUCGACUGGUCGAUAAAAUGAAAGGGUAGGGUAAAAUAGAGCAGGGCAGAGCAGGGUAGAGCAAGGCAAGGCAAGCCGAGCUAUAUCUAGGCCAGCCAAGCCUAGCCCAGUCAAGACAAGCUAAGAUAGCUAAGACCAGGAAAGGCAAGGUAAGGUACAGUACGAUACGAUGGGGCUAGAAGUAUUAGGUUGUCCGGAAAGUUCUGCAAUAUUUGAGUAGGUAAACUUUGAAAAAUCAGGAAAAAUUUAUUUCUUGACGGAAAGAAAAAAUUCUUUUUUUUGUUUGUUUGUUUGUUACCUAAAUUAUUCAAAAAGGUAAGUUACAUAACUUAAUUUCAUUUUUUUGUAUUGUUUUAGGUAUCAGAAAAAAACGGAGAAAUCUUGCCUGCGCGUGAUUAUAUGGAAUGAAUUCAAACGCGGAAAUACUGCGGCAGAAAUUUUCAGAAUCAUAAACGAAAAUGAGGGUAAGAAUGUUGUGAGUUAUUCUACGGUGACCAGAUGGUUCGCAAAGUUUCGUGUGGACGAUGAGAAGCUUGAAGACAAACCACGUGCAGGAAGACCCAGCAAACUUGACAAAGAUGCCCUGAGGCGCAAGAUUGAAGAUGACCCACAUAUUACAAUCCGGGAGUUAGAAGAGUUACUAAACUGUGGAAAAAGUACCAUUGGUGACCAUUUGAAGGCAAUGGGUAUGGUCAAAAAGUUGGACAAAUGGGUGCCUCACAAUUUGACUGAUCUGCAAAAAGCCAAGAGACGAUGUGCUUCCGAAAAGCUUCUGCAACGCUGCAAAAACGAAGAAUUCUUGGAUCGAAUUGUAACUAUUGACGAGAAGUGGAUCUCGUUUAACAAUACUAGAAGAUCUACAAGUUGGUGUAAGCGUGGAGAAGCUCCUAAGCACGUUUCGAAGCCAGAAUUGCACGAAAAGAAGCUUAUGGUGACUGUCUGGUGGUGUAGCUCUGGAGUGAUCCAGUACGAUUUCAUGAAACCUGGCCAAAGUAUUACGGCCGACACCUACUGUGCCCAGAUUGACAAACUGCGACACAAUCUUCCAACAAUGUUUAGAAGGAGGGGUCCGAUCAUUCUGCUGGAUAACGCACGGCCCCAUGCUGCAAAGAAGACCGCGGCAAAAUUCAGGGAACUGGGAUACGAAGUCUUGGAGCACCCUCCUUAUUCUCCAGACUUGGCUCCAACGGACUUUCACCUUUUUAAACACUUGUCUUCGUUUCUUAAUGGAAGAAUCUUCAAAACUCCAGACGAUGCCAAGAAUGCCUUCAAGAACUUCAUCAACUCCAGAAACCCGGAAUUCUACAAUCGUGGAAUAAAAAAGCUUGUAAAUCGUUGGCAAGACUGUAUUGAUUCAGACGGUAAUUACUUUGAUUGAUUGUAGUUGUUAAUUAUAUUGUUAUUAUUGUUAGUUCAAAAGUGAAUAAAUAUUGCAGAACUUUCCGGGCAACCUAAUAUAUAGGUACGAGGCUAGAUAUGAGUAUAUGUUUAUGUAAGUGUAGAUGUAGGUAUAGUAGGCGGAGAAAGGAACAGGUUGAAAGAUAAGAAUACUUAGUAACAUGUUUACCUAUUUCUAAUUAAAAAUGACAUGUCCUGUGACUUGCUUUUGACAAAUUUUAAGUUUAACUUUGUAUAACAAGUAUGUUAGUCCUAGCUUUAGCCGUAGCUCUAGCUUUGUCCCCAGCCAGAGCCCUACUUCUAGCUGUAGCCCUAGCUCUAGCUCAAGCCUUAGCUAGCCUUAUUUUUCUUAUUAUAGCUCUAGCUGUUCUCUACACUAGCUUAAUCUUAGUCCUAUAAAGAGCUAUAACUCAUCACCUCUUAUUUUCAGCCCCAAGACACAACCGUGUACAUGAUGAUUUGCCUUCUCGCUGACAUUCUCAUCUGGACCUUGGCCGGCAUCAUUCUCUACCGCGCAGUAAAAGCUUGUAAACGAAGUGGUGGUGACGACAAGAAGGAACAAGAACAAGCUUACGCUCGCUUCGAAGCUCAAGAUGCUUUCGAAUUCGACAGUGAAGAAGAGAUGGAUAUCGUGGAAGAUGAAGACGAUGUACGACGAUCAGUAGAACACAAGAACAGCUUCAACUUUGUACCCAACAUAUAUCCAGUAGCACUUCAGAAGAUUGCUGAAGGCAAGGCUGUACUAUUGUCGGUGGUUAAGACGAAUCGUGUGGAUUCUGAAGCUACGGAAGGUGGAAGUCGGCUACAGAGGUUCUUUAGCAAGUUCAGAAGAAACAGUGGAACAGUGCCGAUUGUGACUGGACUGAAGGAUACUUAUGGUGCUGAAUAUGUUUGA